AUGAGUUUAAAGGGAUUCCAGAAGAGUCUCGUCCGCGCUCCGCAGACGUUCAAAGCCAGGUUCAACAUUGGCGAGAACACCAAGGACGCCGUCUACAGCGAUGCGGAGCGCAGAUUCCAGGAACUCGAGAAGGAAACCAAGAAACUCCACGAUGAGUCGAAGAAGUACUUUGACGCUGUGAAUGGCAUGUUGGACCACCAAAUCGAAUUUUCCAAAGCCAUGACCGAACUCUACAAACCUAUUUCCGGCCGUGCUUCAGACCCGAGCACCUACACGAUCGAAGGAAACCCAGAAGGUAUUCGAGCUUGCGAGGAAUACGAAGCCAUUGUGCAGGACUUGAAGGAAUCACUAGCGCCUGAGCUUGAGAUGAUUGAUACCCGUAUCGUCAGUCCCGCCGAACAGCUUUUGGAAGUAAUCAAGGCGAUCCGCAAGGUUGCCGUCAAGCGAGACCACAAGAAGCUCGACUACGACCGCCACAAGAACACCCUCAAGAAGCUCCAGGAUAAGAAAGACAAGUCAUUAAAGGAUGAAAAGGCGUUAUACAAGGCCGAAGGCGAUGUGGAACAGGCCACGCAGGAUUACAACUACUACAAUGAUCUGCUAAAGGACGAAUUACCCAAGCUGUUCGCCUUGGAAGCCGAAUUCAUUCGACCAUUGUUCCAGUCCUUCUACUACAUGCAGCUGAACGUUUUCUACACAUUGCACGAGAAAAUGCAGGACAUGAACAUCGGGUACUUUGAUUUAACGCGCGACAUCGAAGAAGCAUACGAAGAGAAGCGCGGAGACGUUAAGGAGCGUGCGGAGGAGCUCACAAUCGUCCACUUCAAAACCACGGGCGGGCGUCGCACAAACUCGAAGCUUGGACCAAAGGACAAGCUCGCGAAUGAACACAAGGGCCGCUUUGGGUCACGUCCCAACGAUCCUGACGUUGUCGAGAACCCCCCACCACCCUACUCGCCUGGUGCUAGUGGGAGUGCCCUUGCUGCGGCCGCGGCUAAGAAGCCAGCACCUCCGCCACCAAAGCCUAAGCCCUCAAAGUUCAACGCUGCAGUUGAGACUGUAACAGCACUGUACGACUACGAAGCGCAAGCCCACGGCGACCUCAGUUUCUCGGCUGGCGAAGUGAUUGAAAUCGUCACGCGUACAGACAACCAGAACGAGUGGUGGACAGGCCGUGUUGAUGGACGAGAAGGACAGUUCCCAGCAAACUAUGUUCAGUUGAAUUAA